AUGGCAGCACGCAUACUGCUGGCCCUCACGCUGGGGCUGCAGACUGUGGCAUUCGCCAUCGACAAGCUGCCUCCGGAGUCCUGUGCAGCAAGCAACGCAGGGAUUUGCAACGGCACGUGCCGCAAUGAGACGGAGGCGGCGCUGCGGCAGCUGCAAAGCUUCCUCAGAGCGAACAGUAGCAAGCUGGCCUUCGAGAGCGGCGCCACAUGCGUUGACCCAUUGACCAACGCCACGGCGCCAAGCUACUGCUGCAGCCGCCGCGCCGUGCGGCAUGCCGUGGUGUCGCUGUCGCUGCGCAACCAGCGCAUGUCGGUGCCCCUGUCAGAGGUGAUGCCGCACGUGCGCGCACUGGCGCGGUGGGGGCUGCGCAGUCUGAAUCUGGAGGGCAACCACCUGUCUGGUGACCUGGCGCCGCUGGCGGCGGCGGUCGAGGACCUGACUCAUCUGACGUCACUCAGCCUCGGGGACAACCUCCUCACGGGCACCAUCCCGGCUGCCCUGGGUGACCUCCGCCUGCUGGAGCACCUGGCCCUCGACGCCAACGCGCUGGGCGGCAGCGUGCCGCCGCAGCUGUGCGGGGCGGGCAGCGCGCUCAAGGACGUCUCGCUGAGAGGCAACCGGCUUGUGGGGCGCCUGGCGUUUGAGGGGUGCCCCAACCUGAUCAACCUGGACGUGCAGGCGAGUGUGAUGAAGUCUGAGAAUGACCUGUCGGGCCCCGUCCCUGCGUCAUGGCGCUGGACCAUGCUGCACACCCUGCGCGUCGGCAACAACAGCUUUGACACCAUCCCCGACGCCUUCUACCUGAUGCCGUCCAUGGGGCUGCUGGACUCCAUGAUCAACAGGCGCGCGCGCGCGCUUGCGCUGGCCGGCACCCUGUCAGAGGACAUCCAGGACCUGGCCCUGCUGACUAAUGUCUACCUGGAGGCCAACGCGCUGACGGGGACGCUGCCAGAGGGCCUCUUCCAUCUCAAGCGCCUGUCAUACGUGUAUGUCGGCUUCAAUCAGUUUACGGGCACGCUGCCCGCCAACGUCGGGAACUGCACCGGGCUGAUGGCGCUGAGCCUCCGCGGCAACGCCGACAUAAUGGGCGCGAUACCAGAGUCGACUGGCAACCUCAAGUACCUCAUGAUCUUCGACAACGUCGGCACCCGCAUGCACGGCUGCACCAUCGACGGCCUCGACGCCCCCGGCCACAGCGGCUGCCUGCCGCGCUUCACGGAGUUCACCGACUUCCUCACGCCCCCGCUGGACGCCCUGGCCACGCGCGGCGCGGACGUGCUGGUUCCGCGGCAGACCACGCUCAGGCGAGAAAAGAUCUCUGGCCUCAGCUGCGGCUGCUGGUGCUUCACCAUCCGCACCAACACGCGCGACGAGUACGGGCGGUACAUGCCGGUCAACACCAGCUGGCAGAUCCCGCCCUCCUACUACCGCUACAGGGGCUGCCAGUGCCCAGACGGCUACCGCGCCACCUGGUUUGGGGACCCCGAGUCCCCUGAGAUGGGCUGCGAGAACAGGCGCAGCCUGGCCUUGGCGCUGGCCCUCGCCCUCGUGGGGGUGCUGCUCUUCGCCCUGCUGGUCUGGGGCUGGGUCAAGUUCCUGGCCAUGGGUGGCUUCUACGCGCUGCGCCGCUACAAGGACACGAUGCAGCGGCGCAUGCAGGGCAUGAAGAAGGAGGGGGAGGUGGCCGUGGUGGUCACGGACAUCGAGGGCUACUCCAACCUGAUGAAGGAGUGCCCCGAGGCCAUGUCACAUGCACUGCAGCAGCACAACCAGGUCAUCCGCAAGGCCAAGUGGACCAACUGCGGCCAUACGGCAGAGCAGGAGGGUGACGCGUUCUUGAUCGUGUUCCAUGACGCGAUGAACGCGGUCUGCUUCUGCCUGCAGGCGCAGCAAGCGCUGAUUCGCGUCGAGUGGCCGCAGGAGCUGGUGGGCGGUGGCGGGGGCUCCCUGGCCCAGCCGCGCAGCACCAGCCGCAGCCGGCUGCUGUCGCUGCUGGCGGUCGGCAAGAGGGCCCUGUCCGGCAAGGAGGACAUCCCGCCCAUCAACGCCUCCCGCCGCGCCCUGGCCAGCUGGUCAGACCCCACCCCGCCCACCCAGCAGCGCGCCCCCUCCUGGCGUAACCUGCUGCGCCGCGGCAGCGACCGCCACAGCGGCGGGUUCAUCGGGCCGAGCAGCAUUGGCAGCAGCGCGGGCGGCGGCGGGCUGGGCACGGCGAUCUCAGGGGAGCUCUCGAAUUUGGGCAGCGGCGACUGGCACGCGCCCGGCGCGGCGGCGGCGGCGCUCUCGCCAGGGGCGGGCUCCAGCGACGGCGGCGAAGCCCCGGGCUGCGGCAGCCCGGCGCUGCCUCGCAGCGCCAGCGGCGGCGGAGGUGACAGCGGCGCGGCGACAGGCUUGUUGCGGCGCAGCAGCGGGGGGCAGGAGAUCCCGGGGUUGAGGGGGCUGCUGGGGUCGCCGCCUGCUGUGACGGGACCUGGGCCGGCGCCGGACAGCGGCAGGAGCAGUCAGGACGGCGGUGCCGGCGCGCAUCUGCACCGCGCCCACAGCGGCAGUGGCGGCGGCGGCGCCGUCCGGGGCCACGCCGCCGGGCUGGCGAUGGGCGGCACUGGCGCGGGGGCGGCGGCGGCGGCGGGGCCGUAUGGCGUCGGCGCGUUGAGCGAGGACGCCACUCUGUUCAAGGGGCUGCGCGUGAGGAUGGGCGUUGCCACUGGGCAGCUGGCCGCCGGGCAGGAUCUCAAAGCUACAGAGGUCUGGCAGGCGGCCAAGACAGUCAGCGACGCAGGCAGCGGGGGACAGAUCCUGAUGUGCCGCGCCACGUUUGACCGGGUCAAAGAGCGCCUGCAGGAGCUGGGGGCCGUUGACCACGCGGGCCUCAACCUGGCUGACCUCAGCUUCAGGGCCAAGGCCGGCUGGCUGGCCUGGCUCGCACCCGGCAGGUCCAAGAGGGUCGGCGCCCCAGAGGCGCUGGUCCUUGACAUGGGCACCUACCGCCCCGCACACACCCCAGGCGGCAGCACCCCCAUCCAGGACCCCGCCACCCCGCCGCCGCCGGCCGCCCACGCCGGCGCCGCGGGCCUGGCCGGCCUGGGCGCGGGCGCGGGCGCGGCGCUGGGGGCGCAGAACAGGGCGCCCGCGCAGGCGUCGCCGUUUUCGGCUGGCGGCGGCGACGAGGGUGCGCCGCAGCCGCCCGUGCUGCGCAAGCUGUCCUCCAGCAACUGGCGGGGCCGGGGGCCCGCGGACGGCGGCAAGGGGGGCGGCGUGGGGGAGGCGCCGCAGGCGCUCCAUUUGCUACAGGUGAGGCCCUGCCGCGGCGGAUUUAUUUGA